UGAACGUCGAACUUGUCGGUUUCCACUCGGAAAAAGACGCACUCGCGCGGAAUCCUUAGAAGGCCGCGACGAGAGAUCCUCUCACGUGCUUUUCAUCUCGCGUUUGUUUUUGUUUACGUAACCGGUCGUUAUAAGGACGGAUUGCCGGGAAGCGGAAUUUGGUUUUAUUGUGAGGAUUUUAGUAAAUGCUAACGAAUGAACAGUGAAGGAAUUCGGAUUGAUCUGAGGACGUAUUAGAAGGUGCAGGAUGUAACGCUUAAAGUGUCGGUGACAAGUGCCCGUGACUUAAAAGCUGACUCAAAAUGCCACAAACUGUUCUACGUGGCCACCAUCAUAGCCACAACGGACACGCUUUAUUCAACGGACAUUAUCUAAAUGGUCACGCUAACGGGAUGGCCAACGGACACGCGCAUCACAACGGCCAUACGUCAAUCUACCAGCAGAAUGGUCAAGCCAAAUGCAACGGUCAUUCAGGUCCUAAUGGCAACGUUCGAGCGUACAUCAACGGGCACGCAAACAAACCCGAGGACAAACAGUCGACUCUUUCGAGGUACUGCACGACAGAGCGCAGAAAGGCGUCGAAUAGUUAUCAGGCUAUAAAGAGAUCGUGUAGGGAAAAGGGAAUUUUAUAUGAGGACGUCGAUUUUCCACCGGCCUCGAAAUCUCUUUACCACCACAAGAAACCUUCGUUAAAUCCUAUAGUCUGGAUGCGACCGCACGAAAUUUGCCAACGCCCACGAUUUAUAAGUGACAGCCCUUCGGAGUCAUCCUAUCGUUUCACUGUAGAAGCCGGCGAGUUGGGUGAUCAAUGGCUGCUGGCCGCGGUAGCAUCUCUCGCACUUACACCGAAGUUUCUAGAUAGAGUCGUACCCCCUGACCAAGGGUUUGACGCUGUCAGUUCGUACUGUGGAGCUUUUAGAUUUAGAUUUUGGCAUUUCGGUGAAUGGAGGGAAAUUGUCGUCGACGAUAAACUACCAACGCACAAAGGAAGAUUGGUCCAUCUGCAUUGCUCAAACACCACGGAAUUCUGGGUGGCCCUCUUGGAAAAGGCGUACGCAAAGUUUUAUGGAUCGUACGAGAAUCUGGCUUCCGGAUCGACCACGAAAGCACUGCAAGAUUUAACUGGCGGUAUCGUCCAGAGUUUCGGUUUGACCCACCAAGAUAGAUUUCUCACGUUUCAAGUCUUAAACAGCGCAGUUCCUAGAUCUAGUCUACUAAUAGCUACUAUUACCCAAGAGAAAGAUAACAAACGUCAGCUGCGGUUAAGGAACGGGUUAAUAACCCAGCACGCUUACAGCGUGACAGGUUUGGCGAGGGUGAGGGGCUCCACUGGAGAAACACCACUGGUGAGGCUAAGAAACCCAUGGGCGAGAGGAGAAUGGACCGGACCUUGGAGCGAGCGAUCCUGGGAGUGGGAUGGUUUAUCAACCCGGGACAAGGAAUUACUUAGCGUUAGGGUGGCGAACGACGGGGAGUUCUGGAUGUCUUUUGAGGAUUUUGCCCGUCAUUUCACCCAACUUGACUUGGUCCACAUCGGACCCGACGAUUGGAUGAUGGAAGGAGCGUUGCACUCCAAACAGCCUUGGAGGGCUGUUUUGGCAAGGAGGAGGUGGCGAGCGGGGUAUAACGCUGGAGGAGGACCAUCGUAUACGGACACGACGUCGAUGAACCCCCAAUUCCAUGUCCAAAUUCCUCGAACGUCCAGCAAUAAAUGUCACGUAGUGGUGUCAGUGACGCAAUGUUAUGAAACUUCUGUGAUAGAAGCGAAAAAGAGAAAACCUCUUUUCGCGAUUGGGUUCGCUGUUUACGAAGUGCCUCAUUCCAUGCAGAGACUAACACCGCACUUUGUGGGAGAGCAAAAACCACUAGAUGUGACGAACCAUUCGGUAGCGAGGGAAGUUGUGACGUUUUUUACCCUGCCUCCAGGUGAUUAUAUAGUAGUGCCUCAAACCAAUGUUCCGAAUUUAGACGGAAAGUUCUUGCUUAGGAUAUUUACCGACGAACACAGUAACAUUUGGGAAGUCAACGAGGACAACAUGAUAAUCAAAAACAUCUCGUCGGAAUUUAUAGAGGACCCAACAUCAACCUUGUUCAAAGAAGGGAAAUCACUCCUGUCCAAACUGUUGCUCAAAUACCCGCCCGAAGUGGAUGCUAGUCAAUUGCAAAAAAUAUUAAAAUCCAACUGGAAGCUGUACCUGUCGGAAAAGCCCAGCCUGGAACUGUGCAAAAGCCUGAUAAUGCUGAGAGACUACAACAUCAGCGGAAGGAUCAACUUGAUUGAUAUUCCCUCGAUGAUGCAUAUGCUUCAUUUUUGGAGGUUAGCGUUCCAGAAAUUUGAAAGAAGCCAUAACUGCGGGAAAACAUCGAGCUAUAACUUGAGGUCACUUUUAUGGGAAGCGGGAUGCACGGUCAGCAACAAAGUAUUAGAAUGUUUGGUCCUUAGAUUUGCGAGGAACAGAAUCGUCACUACUGAAAAUUACGUCAUGGCUUUGGUCAGAUUGCAUCUGGCCCAUGAGAGGUACCACAAUUUAGAUACUAAGAUGAAAGGUAACCCCAUCUCUUUGGAGGAAAUGAUUUUGAUGACCAUUUACUCCUAAGGCCACGAAAUAUGGUAGUAUUGUUAUUUUUUUUCUUUAAUGCCAAAGAUAUUAUGUUAAGUAAAUUGUUUUCUAAUUCUAAUGUUAUAUUUUGUACAAUAUUUUUAAAUAAUUUAUUUGAGACGUGCAAUGUAUGCCAGGUACCUACUUUUUAUAAUUGACAGAAAAAUUACAUUAAUAUAUUCUUACAAAUAAAAUAUUAAAGCAAAA